GAAGCGGUGCACGUGAAGGACGCCGGGGACACAAAGGUGGAGAUGUCUCGCCCAGACUCUCGCUAUUCCUUUGAUGUCCCAAACGCUUGCCUCAACUUCGAAGCGCUGGGUGAUGAUGAUGUGCACAAUGCAGAUGCCUGGUUUGAUCAACAAGCCAACCUAGAAAAUCUCCCUCCUGGAGAAAAUCUGACGAAAGUCUUUCAAAAUAGCCCUGCUUUUUCAAAGCUUGGUAGUCCACUACUUCCUCUCACAUCACAAAGAAUAACAGGUGAAAGCCAUGAUGUGGAGGACAAUGAAAUGGAACAUACACAGGUCAAUGUGGUUCCACAGAAUAUUGUUGGAUCUCUGACAAGCUGGAGAGCUGCUGCUGCUCCUGCAGAGGUGCCUCAAAGAGCGGGUAGAAGACAGGCUACAAAGCAGAAGAAAACACAGCAACGCAAACACCUGGCUAAAAUCAAAGUGGAGAGAAAUGCUGUUGCCUUGGAUAAUAAUGAGGAGGUUCCACCAAUUAAAAAAAUGAAAAUUUCUAGCAGCAGAGAGAAAGUGAUGGAGGCAGCUGCAAAGACAGAGCCCUUGCAGAAUCCUGACCACUCUCCAGGACAAGGGAAGAGCAAACUGACCGUGCCCAUGACGCCGACAAUGUUGAAGAGGACCAAGCUGAAAAGUACAGAGGAGCAGGAGCUGGAAAAGAUGCAGCAAUUGCAGCGAGAGGUUAUGGAGCUACGGAAGAGGAAUGAGGAGUCUCUGAAAGCAGCUAUUGCUGGUGCAGGGCAACCUGUGAAGAGAACUGUUGCUCAAGUAACAAAGCCAGUUGACUUCCACUUCUCCACGGACGAGAGGAUUAAACAACAUGUGGAAAGCCAGCAUGGGAACGAAUACAAGGAAGUGGAUUUUGCAGCAAUACUGAGGAAGCAUCCUCCUUCUCCGGUUCGAGUGCCAAAGGGGCCCACUGUCCCCAAGCCGUUCAAUCUCUCCCAGGGAAACAAAAGAAAAAUUGAAGAAACUACGUCCGAAUACGUGUCCCUUGCUCAGCAGGUGCAAGCAUUCCAAAAACGCACACCCCCUCGUUACCAUUUGAGGAGCAGAAAGUCUGAUGAAGGCCCAGCUCCAGGAAAGCAGCCGAAGACUCGGCUUACACACCCUAAAACACCCGUGCUGCAAACAAAGCAUCGCUUCAGGCCUGCCACUUGCAAAAGUUCAGCAGAGUUGGAAGCAGAGGAAUUGGAGAAAAUGCAGCAGUACAAAUUCAGAGCAAGGGAGCUGGAUCCCAAAAUUUUAGAGGGUGGACCAAUCCUACCCAAGAAACCCACUGUGAAGGAACUUACACAGCCUGUUGGCUUUGACCUAGAAAUAGAAAAGAGGAUUCAAGAGCGUGAGAGUAAGAAGCAGCAAGAGGAAGAGCAUUUUGAGUUUCAUUCCAGGCCGUGUCCAACUAAAAUCUUGGAGGAUGUGGUGGGUGUUCCAGAGAAGAAAGCACUUCCUAUUACAGUCCCCAGAUCUCCAGCCUUCACUUUGAAAAGCAGAACACGAAUGACUAGCAGAGAUGAGGAAAAGGAAAAGGAGGUGGCUCCUGUGAUCAAAGCUAACCCUAUGCCACAUUAUGGAGUGCCCUUCAAACCUAAAAUGCCAGAGCAGCGGCAUGUGGAAGUUUGCCCCUUCUCUUUUGAUUCUCGUGACAGAGAGAGGCUAAUACAGAAGGAGAAAAAAAUAGAAGAAUUGCAAAAGGAAGAGGUGCCAAAAUUUAAGGCACAGCCUCUGCCUUACUUUGACUGUGUCAAGCUGCCAGAAAAAAAGGUCAAAAACCCAACUCAGCCUGAGCCCUUCAAUCUGCAGAUUGAUGAACGGGGAGCUACCAAGCUGCAGAACUGGAAACAGCAGCUUGAAGAAAACCUGAAAAGACAGAAAGAGGCAGCGUGUUUUAAAGCUCGUCCCAACACCGUGGUGUACCAGGAGCCGUUUGUGCCCAAAAAGGAGCAUAAGCCGCUAUCAGAGAGCCUUUCUGGUUCUGCAGUUCCUGAAGGCUUUGAGCUGGCAACAGAAAAAAGGGCUAAAGAGCGGCAAGAAUUUGAGAAACGAUUGGCAGACCUGGAAGCUAAAAGGGGGAAGCUUCAAGAAGAGGUCAGGCAGCGAAACGAGGAGCGGGAAAAGGAAGAAGUUGCUAAACUAAGACAAGAAUUGGUUCACAAGGCAAACCCAAUCCGCAAAUAUCGCAAUGUAGAAGUGAAACCCAGUGAGCAGCCGCUGACUAUGCCGAAGUCUCCCAAUUUUUCAGACAGAUUCCGGUGCUGAUGUGCAUCGAUGUGGUGGCGGGAGAGGGAGCCUAUCUCUCUCUGCCCUCUUUGUGGGCAGAGGGAGCAGUCGUUUUUACAUGACC